AUGUCGACUCACCACCAGUUCGAAUCCAAGCCCUCGACUGCCAUACGGCGGAGGCUGUCGUCCAGUGUCUCUUCCAAGCAGAGGCCGAACAUGACGACCACCUUCGCCAGCCUGACCCCCAUGUGGGCUGGUGUCGCGGGCACGCUCGUCAACAACAACACCCAGUAUGAGAUCGCGGUCACUGUGCACGAUGGUGUGUACAGUACCGACUUCGCGUCGGUGAUCAUCCCUGUCACCUCAGGGGAUACCGCGAAAAACAGCAAGGACAUUGAGGCUCAGGUCCUCAACUUGAUCCGCAAAUUCUCUGCCGAGCAUCUUUGCAAGUUCCUCGGCGCAGGCAUCACUCUCGCCUUGCUGAAAGAGUGUCCCAAUCUGUGCACCCGUUUGUGGCUGGACAUGGACAUUGUGCCCAUCGUAUUCAACAUCAAGCCAUUCCACACUGACUCGGUUACGCGACCCAACAUCAAACACCGUAUUUCCUCCACCACCGGUUCAUACGUGCCGUCUGGCUCGGAGACACCCACGGUCUACGUCGAAGCAGCACACCUCGGCGAUCCCAGCCAUUUGAGCCCGAAUGCUGCUCAGAAGCUACCCAUUCCGCGCACUCUCGACGAACAGUCUGACUCUGCCGCCCGAAAAUGCUUGAUGUACUUCGGUCCUAACAACAACCCGCGUCUCAGCAUUGGCGCUCGCAACCAAGUAACCGUUGACGCUGGAGGCAAAAUCCACUUGAUCGACGAUCUCGAAGAAUACCGUAAGACGGUAGGAACAGGAACUUGGAACGCCGUAAUCAAGCUUGCCGAUGAGCUGCGCGAGAAGAAGGUCAAGAUUGGAUUCUUCUCAUCCACUCCACAAGGAGGUGGUGUUGCUCUCAUGAGACAUGCCUUGAUCCGAUUCCUGACUGCUCUCGACGUUGAUGUUGCUUGGUACGUCCCGAACCCUUCGCCACAAGUGUUCAGGACCACCAAGAACAACCACAACAUCCUUCAAGGCGUUGCAGCACCUGAUCUCCGUCUCACCCAGGAGGCGAAGGACGCUUUCGACGCGUGGAUCCUGAAGAAUGGUCUGCGUUGGACAGCUGAAGGAGGUCCACUAGCACCUGGUGGCGUGGAUGUUGUCUUCAUCGAUGACCCACAAAUGCCUGGCCUCAUUCCUUUGAUUAAGAAAGUUCGCCCCGAGGUGCCGAUCGUUUACAGGUCCCAUAUUGAGAUCCGUAGUGACUUGGUUCACGUCGCUGGCUCACCACAAGAGGAAGUAUGGAAGUAUCUCUGGAACAACAUCCAACUCGCAGACCUGUUCAUCAGUCACCCCGUCAGCAAAUUUGUGCCUAGUGAUGUACCUAUUGAGAAGCUCGCUCUCCUCGGUGCUGCCACUGACUGGCUCGAUGGGUUGAACAAAGAUUUGGACCCUUGGGAUUCCCAAUUCUACAUGGGAGAGUUCCGUAGCCUUUGUGCCAAAGAGAAGAUGGUUGAACUCGACUGGCCCACUCGCGACUAUAUCGUCCAGGUUGCCCGGUUCGAUCCCUCUAAAGGUAUUCCCAACGUUGUCGACUCGUACUACAAAUUCCGCAACCUUUUGCGAACCCGCUCGCCGGAGAUGGAGUUGUCUGAUCAUCCUCAGUUGUUGAUCUGUGGUCACGGAGCUGUCGAUGAUCCAGAUGCCAGCAUCAUCUACGAUCAAAUCAUGGCACUCGUCAACUCUGACCCGUACAAGGAGUACGCCCAUGACAUCGUUGUUAUGCGUCUCCCUCCCAGCGACGAACUACUCAACGCCAUGAUGGCUAACUCGAGAAUCGCCCUCCAACUUUCUACCCGUGAAGGUUUCGAAGUCAAGGUCUCUGAAGCCCUCCACACUGGCAAACCCGUCAUCGCAUGCCGCACUGGCGGUAUCCCUCUCCAAAUCCAACACGGCAAAUCUGGAUACCUCACUACCCCUGGAGACAACGACGCCGUUGCUGGAUAUCUCUACGAUCUAUACACCGAUGAGGCUUUGUACCGCAGGAUGAGCGACUUUGCCAGAACCCAUGUCUCUGAUGAAGUGGGCACUGUCGGUAACGCCGCCGCUUGGUUGUACCUUGCUGUCAUGUACAGCCGUGGUGAGAAGAUCAAGCCUAAUGGUGCUUGGAUCAACGAUCUUCUCCGUGAAGAGACUGGUGAGCCGUACAAGGAGGGCGAGACCAAGCUUCCCCGCACAAAACUCGACAUGCAAGGAUAG